GAGUCCAUUCUUGUGUGAGAUCGUAGAAAAAAGUAAGUGAUAGAAAACACUAUUUUGAGUAUUUUGCAGUAAACUGAACUUCGUUAGAAGAAGAAGAAGAAAGAUUGAGAUGAGAUGGAUACUGUUAUAGUAGAACACGCAGAAAUGAGUACUAAGAGUAAUAGUUGUUGCAGUAAGAAAGGUCCUGGUUAUGCAACUCCAAUUGAAGCUAUGUCUGGUCCUAAAGAAUCAGUGAUUUAUGUUACCUGUGUUUACUCAGGAACAGGAAUAGAGAAUCCUGAUUACUUGGCUACAAUAGAUGUUGAUCCAAGCUCACCAACCUAUUCAAAAGUUAUCCAUAUGAUGCAUGUUCCUUAUUUGGGUGAUGAUUUGCAUCAUUCUGGGUGGAAUUCAUGUAGCUCUUGCCAUGGGGAUCAAUCCGCCAACCGUCGCUUCCUCAUUUUGCCAUCAUUUGUGUCUGGUCGUAUAUAUGUGGUUGACACAAAAGAUCCGAAGGCUCCUCGUUUGCACAAGGUUGUUCAGUCAGAAGAAAUUGUCCAAAAGACUGGAUUAGCAUAUCCACAUACUUCCCACUGCCUUGCAUCUGGUGACAUCAUGAUAUCAUGCAUUGGGGAUAAAGAUGGAAAUGCUGAGGGAAAUGGGUUUCUUCUUCUUGAUUCAGAAUUCAAUGUUAAGGGAAGGUGGGAAAAACCAGGACACAGUCCACUUUUUGGUUAUGACUACUGGUAUCAACCACGACAUAACACCAUGAUCAGUACAUCUUUGGGAGCUCCAUUCACAUUUAUAAAGGGAUUCAACCCUCAACACGUAUCUGAUGGUCUGUAUGGAAGACAAAUAUAUGUCUACAGCUGGCCUAGAGGUGAACUUAAACAAACACUUGAUCUCGGCAAUACGGGGAUGGUUCCCUUAGAGAUUAGGUUCCUUCAUGAACCUUUAGGAGAUAUAGGGUAUGUUGGGUGUGCACUCUCCAGCACCAUGGUGAGGUUUUUUAAGAAUCCCGAUGAUUCAUGGAGCCAUGAGGCAUCAUGAGGCUUUCAAAGAAACCUAUGCGUAAGGGUCCAAAGAUAUCUGCGUCGACUGAUCCUCCUCCGCGAUCAUCCUGAUGCUACGCCAUCUCCUCCUCCUGAGGAUUCUGAGGUGGCUACGGUCGCUAAGGAGGAAUUUGUUGUCGAGGAUCUUCCACCUCCUCCUCCUCGCUAUGAGCUUCAGAGGCUCCAACUGCGUGACAAGGACAACUUUGCUCAUUUGUCUAUUGAUGGGAUUACCAAGUCUUUUCGCCUUCAUAAAUUCGAGAUUUUCUUCGUUAAUGGCCCUGAUGUUCUCACUGAGUCUCACAUUCGGGAUUUCCCUUAUGAUGAGAAUAAUCUUUUGAUUAGCGUUGGCCAAUUGGCCGCAGGUAUGCUUCUUACUCUGUAUAGUAGAAUGGAUCCUUUCUAUUAUGACGUCUUGUCCACCAGGGAUGACCCGGCAAACAAGACCCAGGUCCGAGGAAUUUACCAGUAUACUGGUAAUUACUGGCGUGCCCUUCGCGAAAGCUGGUAUCGUAUCAAGGGAAAGACUACUCUGAAUUCUUAUGACCCCUUUGCUGAAGGGAGACCUAAGCAUGAGGACUAUACCCCUGCCAACUUCAAUGCUACGUAUGCUGAUGCUAUUCAAAAAAGCAACCUUCUUCCUUGGAGUGUUGGUCCUCGUCGU